UGGUAUUACAGUUCUCUAUAUCAACUCUUAACGCAGGUAAUAAUAUGAUGUCCCUUAAGGCAAUCUUCCAUCUGGCCUUGCUGGUGGCAGCUUUGGCCAUUGCUCUUUCAGAAACUACACCAGUAUUCCAACAAGAAUCAUCAAGUCGACUUCUCCGCCAUCACCACCACCACUGGCACCACCAUGGCCGCCACCACCCGGCGGUGACUUGUGACAAAUAUCCGAGGGUUUGCCAUGUGCCGGGUAGCAAGGGGCCGGACUGCUGCAAGAAGAAAUGUGUGAAUGUGUCAAGCGACAGAAUCAACUGUGGCAGAUGUGGUAGGAAGUGUAAGUACUCGCAGAUAUGUUGCAGAGGAAAGUGUGUGAACCCAAUGGUCAGCAAUAAUCACUGUGGAACAUGUGGCAAUAAGUGCAACAAUGGAGAUUCCUGCGUCUAUGGGAUAUGCAGCUACGCCUAAAUUAAUUAAACCUAAACGUAUGUGGUCACAUUAAAAUUCUGUUUGGACUUUUCUAAGGAUGAUUUCAUUACUGAAAUUAUUUUUGAAAAUUCAAAAUGGAAUUUUACCGGUUUAGUUAGCUACUACGAGUAUGAGAAAAUUUGUGAGAAUCAGUAUUUGUUGUUGUUGUAAUAGGGUCCAGUGUUGUCUAGUUAUUUAGACGUCAAUCUAAAUUUGUUAGCUUAUUAUGACUAAUAAAAGAGCUUUGUGAGUGCA